AUGGUCCAGACUGUGGCUGAACGAGCAAAGAGGUAUCGCGAGAAACUCAAGCGAAAUCAAACGAAGUAUAACGAGCGGAAGCGGAAAGAUCGGCAACGUAAAGCUCUGAAGAAUGCUUCAAUGACAACACAGGAGAAAGAUGCAUAUCUCCAUGCCCAUCGACAAGCGCAACAGCGCCAUCGAAAAAAGCUAAAGCUCAACGCCUUAAACCAAGUUCCAUCUGGUUCUGUAUACAUCACAAAGCAAACGCUGUCGAAAGCGGUGAAACGUGUGACUCGUGCUUUACCAAAGAAUCUGGCCCAACAGAAACAAGUUCUGCAUCAUAUUGGCCAAGGUUUAGGUAUCUUACCGAAACCCAAACUUAUUCGCACACAAGCCCAAGUACCUGAUUCAUUGGCGGACAAAGUCCGAAACUUUUAUAAAUUGGAUUCGAUUUCGUGGCAAGCGCCUGGAUCGGUCAUGAAAUGCGUGAAGCAGUUAAAAGAGAAAACGCCGCGAUACUUGUGCCAUGUGUUCGUAAAACGAAAGCAAAGCAAAUUUUUCGAGUACAUCAAAGAGAAUGCAGAUGAUGGAACCGUAGUCUGCCAAGUUGACUACGCAGAGAACUAUACACUUCAAGAUCAGGAUCAGAUACAAUCCGCCCAGUGGUCAAAAAAACAAGUUUCUUUAUUUACGGCUUAUGCUUGGUUCGGUGGUAGUGGUGAAGAAGGCCAUUCGUUUAGCUUCGUGUCAAAUUCGACCACACACGAUAAGUUUACUGUUAUCACAUGCUUGGAAAUUCUUGUGGAAGAAAUCGUUAGUAUGGUACCAGACGUUGACCAGAUUCUUUUCUUUUCGGAUGGAGCAGCGAGUCAAUUUAAGAAUCGUUAUGUCGUCCAACAUUUAACAACCAUGCUGAACAAGCUCGAUAUCGACAUCACUUGGAAUUAUUUCGCAUCGUCUCAUGGGAAGGGUGUCGUGGAUUCCAUCGGUGGCAUACUAAAACGGCUGGUCUGGUUAGAUGUAUUAGCUGGUUCGCGUUGUUCAUCCGCAAAGGAUUUCGUUGCUAUUUGUCGAAAGAAGACAACAACAAUUACCGUUGGUCUAAUCCAUCAAGCUCAAUUUGAUGCGACGCGUCAUUUACUGGAGAAGACUUUCAAGAAGACCGUUGGUGUGCCAAAUAUUCAAAAGCAGCAUUAUAUCAAAGCCCUGCAUCAAGACGUGAUUGAACAUUCUUUGUACUCAACAAGAGAAGAAAAAUACGUGUUUAGGUUUUGA